UAAAUAGAGAAUAUUUUUUUCCAUGCAUUAACAAAAUUUAAUCUUUAAUCCAAUCCUCCGAAAAUGAAAGUCACCCUUUCUUUGAUCAAUCUUUCUUUACUCUUCUUCUCCUUAAUAGUUUCAUCCCAUGAAUCAUCUUCUUCUCUUCCUUCCAAUUCCUUCCUUGGAAUUCCUCCUCAAGAUGAAGAAUACUUCAAACGAGAUAUUAUAGUGCGUAAGAACGGAUCAGAGAAGUUCACCAAAACCCAACUCAAUGAUGAUUUCUGUGACUGCCCAGACGGCACUGAUGAGCCAGGAACAUCAGCUUGUCCAGGAGGAAAAGUUUUAUUGUAAGAAUAUUGGCCAUUCUCCUUCUUUGCUGUAUUCCUCCAGAGUCAAUGAUGGUAUUUGUGAUUGUUGUGAUGGGAGUGAUGAGUAUGAUGGUAAAGUGAAAUGUCCUAAUACAUGCAACGAUGCUAUAGCCAUAGAAAGCUUGAAGAGAAACGUCGAAGUGUAUCAAGAAGGUGUUACUUUACGAAAACAAGAGAUCGAGCAAGCAAAACGAGCAAUUGCUAGAGACAGAGCAGAAUUAUCAAUGCUGAAAAGGGAACGAGAAGUUGUAGGAAAGCUUGUUAGUCAGCUCGAUGAGCUAGUUCAGAAGUUGGAGCAGGAGCACGAAGAGGAAGAAAAUAAGAUGAGUGAAGCUCGGAAUGAGAAAGUUAAAAACAAAAAGAGUGGACCUGAGGAAAACGCUGACAGACAAAUAGAACCCAUGAAAACAUCCGAUGUUGAAAAAAAGCGGCAAUCAGGCGAAUCUCCAUCAGAUCAGAAUGAAAAGGAUGAAGAUAAAAAUUCUGAAGGAUUGUCAAGAGAAGAGCUUGGUCAGCUUGUUGUAUCACGCUGGACGGGGAAAAAGACCGGGGAACAAGUCAAGGAGAUUGAUCAAACUAAAAAUGACCAGGAGAACGACGGACAGGUUGAUGGAUAUAAAGAGUCUGUCGCAGAUAACACUAGUCGUCAAUCUUGGUUAAAUAAGAUUCAGGAAACCGCUCAGAGUUUCCUGAACAUGUUUUCAACCACGAUUGCUAAUCUAGAUGCAACUCAGAUUCGGAAGGAAUAUAAUGACUACACUUCGAAGUUGUCCGACAUAAAUUCAAGGAUUUCAAGUUUGACAGAAAAGUUCAAGCAUGAUUUUGGAAAAGAAAAUGAAUUCUAUUUGUUCUAUGACCGUUGCUUCGAGUCGGAGCAGGACAAGUAUGUCUACAAAGUUCGUCCAUUUAAAGAUGCAACACAAAAGGGUGACAACAGUGAAACCCUGUUGGGGAAGUGGGAUGAGUUUGGGAAUUCUCAUAGAUAUAUGCUGUUCACAGAUGGAGAUGAAUGCUGGAAUGGACCCGAUAGAAGCUUAAAGGUCAAGCUAAGGUGUGGAUUAAAAACCGAACUAACUGGCAUGGAUGAACCAAGCCGCUGCGAAUAUGCAGCUCUCAUGUAUACCCCUGUUCUCUGCCUAGACGAAAAGCUUGAGGAAUUCAAACAGAAACUAGAAUCAAUCGACCAAGUCCAAGAACAACAAUGGAAUCAUGAUGAGCUUUGACUUUCUAACAGCCUAUAUCGUCCCAAGUAUUCCGACAUUAUCGAUUCUUUCAAUGGUGAGAACGAAGAUGAAGAUUUAAUCAUGUUUACGCAAAACCAGAAUUUCCUACAAAACAGUGCAGGACAUGUUUUCAUUUGUUGAGGACUGAGACCAUGAUAUUAAUG